AUGUUGUUGUUUUACGAAGAUGAACCUGGGUCGACCGAGACUUCACAAGCAUCCUUCGAAUGGAGCGACUUUAACCUGAUACCGAGUAUCGAUCCGCUCCUGCAGUACGCUGGCCAUGCAUCAACACCACAUCUGGCAAUCAACCAUCCAUCUUCAUGGACAUACUGUGGUCCUCUACUCCAGCCAGACGAAGCAACCCUCCCACCGUCCUUUCACGCCUGGGCAGAUCUGACAUUCUCUUCCCCUUCCACCAUUAUCUCCCACCUCCUUCCUCUUCUCUCCUGGCUACAAGCUUUCCUUAUAGAGGCAAAAGUUCACGACUAUUGGCUUACAAUCCGCUGUACCGCGCCAACCCACGAAUACGACAAGCCCUGUUGGCACACAGACGAGAACUUCUUCGUCUAUGAUUCGGAAGCACCUGGUUUGGGAUUUUCACCCACUAGCAAAGAGAGGUGCUGGAAACUAUGUACUACACUUCUUGGUCCAGGAACCUUAUUCCUAAAGGACAACGAGACAGCACUGCGAGUAAUGCGAGAGACGAAGAAGAAUGAGAAGGAAAAGAUAGGUCUUCAUGCGUGUACAUCCAUACGCUGUAUAGGUUGUUCAACGUAUACAGAAAUUGUGCGUGAUUCGCUUGUAGGCUCUCUGCAGGAUAUGGAGGUUGAGUCUCCAGCAGUGGGAGAGGUAGCAUAUUUCCGGGUAGGCGGCGAAGAAGGUGCAGUGCACUCGGAACCGCGUUGUGAUACUGAUCGCAUAUUUAUCAAUAUAAUCCCAGGAACGGAAGACGACUUGCGGAGGUUGAUGCAAAGGUUCGGUAUGGAAUACCCACGUGCAUGGUGUUUUGGUAUGCCAGUUGGUUUUGUGAAGAGUGACGAGGCAUGCGCCUUCAAUAGCGCAAGAAAUUGA